AGAAAUUGGAGGAAAGUAUGAGUAAUCGGAUCCAUUUUGUACGCUUAUAUAGAUUAGUAUAAUUUUCCUAGUUUCUACUGCUAGCAUUUUAUGAACAAUGCAAAAUUGCAACAAUGGAUGUUUUUGACAAGUGCUUGGCGUUUGUGUGUUUUGGCGAUUCCGAUUGGCGCUAGUGUUUUUUCUACCCAGGGUUUCAUUCCCAUUAUUUUGGACCUGCUCAGAAAUUUAUUUGUGAUAGUUUCUAUUUUUUUGAGUGUAGAAUUCCAAAUUCUCAGUCUUAAAUUUCCUUAUCUGAUUUAACGGCUCCUAGAAAAACACAGAAAAACGGAGUGCGAUUUGAAAGAAUGGUUCGCAAACGAUGUAAUAAGAAGAAAGGUCCUUGUUAAUAAUCAAGUAAUGGAUCUAGCCCUCAAUCAAGAAAAUGGUACACAUCUACUUAUAGAUAGUGAUACUAAGUGUAUUGGUUCUGUUGUUGAAAAUGAAAGUGAUAACUCUGAUGAAUACUUAACAUGUGAAGAACAAAUAGUGACAAAAGAAAAGCUUUCACCACAAAGUAUUUUAGACAAAGCAUUUUCUGUAGAUGAAAAUGAACUAGCCACACCUCUCCAACCUAUCCAAGCUGAUUUUCCAUUAAGCAGCCACAAUGAAACUACCAGUGAUGAUAGUAUUUCAGACAUUAGUGCAAAAUCAGAUGAAGAUGAUGGUUAUGUGGAAGAUAACAUUGAAGAAGACAGUAAUACAGAAGAAAAUUUUGCUGCGGAUAACUUAAUGGUGAUAGAAGAAAUUUGCGAGAAAAAAGAGCAGUUGCUCGAUGAAACAAAUGUACAUAGAAACGAUGAAGAUAACCCUGCAAGCGGUCUACCUAUCAUUCCACAUGAACUCCAAGAGACUGAACUUUCAACGGGUACAAAUGACCAAAAUUUGCCAAGUAUAACUCUCACAUCAAUCCUCAGAAGAAACUCAUCUAAAGGUGACUCUUCUUCCAUCGAGUGCGUACUAAACAAUAAUCGCAAAGUUUCAUUUCCAUCUGAAAAGGCAGACCUUGUCCACUACUGCGAGCCAGACUACGAGAUACCAUGGAUGAUCACUGUAGGAAGGACAUCUGAAGAAAUAUUGGAAGUGUAUCAGCAAUCUUGUAAAAAGCACAAAACUGUUGAACUUGAUAUCAUCAAGAACCAGAUAAAUGAUAUAACAAACAACAUGGACCAUUCAACAGAUUUAAAGUUAAUAGAUAUAAAUAUAACAUCAGAAGUUAAUGAGACCAUUGAAGAUCUAUUCAAAGUUGCAAAUUUUCAUACACUCAUUCUGAAAAAUUGUAAACUCACCCCAGAAACAUUGAACGAAUUCCUAAACAUGCUAGAAUUCUACGAGUCAGUUAGUCACCUUGAGAUUGAAAUGCAGUUUGAAGACGAUGAUGCUUGGAGAUGCUUCUGCCACGCUUGUAGCAACAUAAUGGUGCUUGAAUCCCUUUCGUUUAAGAAAAUGGAUGUCAGUGAACAUUACAUGCGAUUGCUAUUGAAUGCUGUUAGAAGUAACCCUAAUAUCACAAUGCUUAAGUUUGAGGGUUGCAAAUUGGAUAAGUUGCCAUCCUUCUAUCUAGUGGAAAGCCUGAUGACGAAUAAAACCCUAAGAGAGUUGUACCUGCCAUCUGCAGGCUUAUAUACCAAAGAAGCAGAAGUAUUAGCACGAUUUCUAAUGAACAAUACCCAUUUAAAAGUUCUGGAUAUCGGUAAUAAUUUCAUAGGAGACCGAGGUCUUGAGUCACUCGCUAAAGGCCUGUGCAAACAGAACACCAUUGGCGAAGGUCUUUCGGCCCUUAGCAUUUUCAAUAAUCAACUCACUGAGAGAUGUGGACCAAUCUUAAGUACUAUAAUAGUUGAAUGUAAAAAUCUACAUACACUUAACAUUGGCUAUAAUAACCUUACGGAUGUAGUACUUAAUCACAUCAGUAUGAGCUUGCCAUCUACUGACUCCCUUGAGGGUCUGGGCCUACAAUGCACACUUCUUACUUGUAAGGGAAUAGAGUCCUUGUCUGAAGCUAUUCCGCGUAAUCAGUCUUUACAGAAAAUCAAUUUGAAAGGCAAUAAGGCGAUCCAGUUAUAUGGAGUCGAGCUCUUGUGCCAGGCGUUAACUAAUUCUAAAAUUAAUAAAGUUGAAAUUGAUGAAACAAACCGUUCAUGUAGUGACCCUGAUGCCUACGCCCAACUAGUAAAGAAACUAUUUGCCAUAUGCACUGUGAACAAAUCGUUCACAGAUACAACAGAUAACGAAGAAAUAACGAAUAUCUCCCAGCUGAUAUCCCGUAAAAUGUCCCUGAGCUGUGAACCAAAGUACACAAUACCAGAGUCGUCGACCCCUUUGCAAAUUGGCUCUCCUCAAUCUCCCCCCGUGUUGACACCUUUCCCCUCUCCUAUUUCCAGUCCUGCGCCCAAAAGCCGAUUCCAAAUCGUUAAAGUUACAGAAUCUGGUAGCAGUUGCAGCAGUACCAAUGUCAGUCCUAGUCCCAGCCCAAAACCAAAAUCAAGAUUUAAGGUAACGAAAGUACCUCCUUCUCCAGAUGAAGAGUAUACCUUAGGUAGAUUUGCGAAUGUGCGUAGCAGCGUGUCGUCUAAUGACAGCAUGGAUUCGUUGACAACAUUACACUUGGAUAGCGAUGACAGCUCGUAAAUGUGAAAUAAGUGAGAAUUCCAGUUUCUUAAAAUUUCGUUAUUGGUAUUAGUUCUGUGAUAGAAUGUGUUAUGUUUAAAGCUUUUUAAAUUUUAUUUCCAUUGUAAUGUGAUGUUAAGGAUUCUUACGGAAGAUCAUAUAAUAAAAAUUGUUGAAGUAGGCGUUAGGUAGUCUAAAAAAAUAACAGUCGAAUUAUACAAAGACUCCAGGACAGGAUGUUAAUGAGAAAAAGUUUGGUAUAUAAGAUUUUCGUUUCUUCGCAUUUACAGCAAUACUAAAUUUUGUAUAAGUUUGUCAUAAAAGAAAACUUCUUCUUAGAACUGAGAGCAUCAUUUUUCAAUGAAAGUAACAAAUCUGAUUUGAUAUCUGGCAGCAUUCAUGUUUAGAGCGAAAAACUAAUGGUAGAUAGAACCGUUCGAAAAAUGAGUUUAGUUGGGACAUUUUUGAACAAUGCUAUAUAACAGUAGUUUUCCGGACACAUAUGACGUGUGGUUGUCGAAAGCAGUUAGAAUUUUUGGCGAGAAUUUCUAAUUCAAAAAAGUGACAAAAUUGAUUUCAUGUAUGUUUUCAACCUUGGGCCUCAUGCAGACUUAUCUUGAACGUAACAUGCGACGAAUAUAGGACAAACAAUAGAUUUGUAUUAUCUGUCGCACAAGUGCCAAUACCGUAUUGUUUCUGUCAUAAGAUACGUUUUUGUCGUAGCUUUUAAGAUAAGUUUGGUUGAACCUUCGGUAAAUCUAAAAAAAUACAACAGAUGAAAAAUGUAUCCUUUGUGCUCUGAUGACCAUCAUUGUGGAACAUUGUGUUCUUAAGAAUUUUGACGGACUUAUACAUCGAUCGAAAAUAUGACAGUGCUGGUAUGAAUUAUCAGAGUUGUAGGUUUAAAUCUCUUCGCAACUGGAAUUACUAGAAUAUCUUUUCAAACGUCGAAUACAUUUUGAUUGAAAUGAUUAACUUUGGCCAAAAGGUAUCACGCCUUUAAUACAUACUUAGCAAAUUUCCCCGAAAUGAUUGUAAAGCUUGCUUUUAUUGGUGCAAGUUGUUCAAUGGGGUAUUUAAAACAUGGACGCAUAAAAUGGGUACACCAAUUUUUGUGGGAAAACUUUUUAUUUGACAACAAAGAAUGAGAAAACGUGUUUUUUAAAUUUAGGAACGAAAAAACUUCUCAUAUAAGAUUUUUAGGCAUUUAUGAGACCUACAAAAUGAGACCACACGUAAAAAGAUCCGACUAAUACCAAAAAUGUUAUAGUCGAAAAACAAGUCAAAAUGCAGGUUUUGCCACUUUUUGGUAAUGCGACGAUAAUUU